GGUGUGUAUGGACGCAAGCGUGUGUGUGUGCUGCAGGAGCCUAGAGAGAGUGGUGGUGGUGGUGGUGAGGUGGAGGGUGGGGAUUUAGUGAGUUAGAGUUUUAGUGUCAACAGGAGCGGGACAAGGACAGCCAGGGCUAAAUACGGUGAGACAGACACACACCGAGUGGACAAGGAAUGGUCAGCUUAACUAACUCUUUACAAGUGACACGGACAACUGACUUAUACAGGGGAAGAGGGGUUGUGUAAGCAGGGGCAUAGGGGGGCAAAAGCAGAUUAAGGGGUACAGGGGGGCUCUGCAUUUUACGGACUGUGUUUUUGGACGUCUCAGAGAGCGUUGGAGAGCCAGACAUGACUCGUUCACUUGGUAGCCUGUUCCGACGACUGCUGUCCAAGGACAGUAAGGGAGAGGAGGAAGAUGAGGAGGAAGGAACAGCAAAACCAGACAGCGAUGAGCAGGAGCCGCAGCUGAAGGGCAUUGUGACGCGACUGUUCAGCGAGCAGGGCUUCUACCUGCAGAUGAAGCCGGAUGGCACUAUAAAUGGGACCAAGGAUGAGAACAGCGACUACACUCUGUUUAACCUCAUCCCGGUGGGGCUGCGGGUGGUGGCCAUCCAGGGGGUGAAGGCCGGCCUUUAUGCAGCCAUGAAUGGAGAGGGCUUCCUCUACACCUCGGACUUGUUCACAGUAGAGGCGAAAUUCAAGGAGUCUGUGUUUGAGAACUACUAUGUCAUCUACUCAUCGACGCUGUUCCGGCAGCACGAGUCUGGCAGGGCCUGGUACCUGGGCCUCAACAAGGACGGCGUUGUUAUGAAGGGCAACCGGGUGAAGAAGACCAAGCCUUCCUCACACUUUGUGCCCAGACCCAUCGAAGUUUGCAUGUACAAAGAGCCAUCGCUGCAUGACAUUGAGGAGAAGGGACGCUCACGAAAAAACUCAGGGACUGAGGCUCCCGCUCUCCUGAACGGAGGAGAAAAAGUGGUGGGGCAGAACUCCACAGAGCAGGAUGGUGGCUCAUAGCCUGCACAUCGCCCCACGUAUUUCUUACACCUUGUUCAACGACAACAACAACGACGAUAAACAACAACAACAAACAACAACAACAAAAAUAGAAGAAAAUAAAUACAAUUAUGAAAUUCUUGCCUGUGAAAUAUUUUAGAAAAAAAGGGAGAAAAUAUUUUUAAAUCAGGACAUUGAAUUGACAUUUUAUGCAAAAGCCUGAUAUGAGUGUGGCACCAGGGAGUUCGUCCUCCUCAUCAUGACAAUGUCAAUGUUUCAAAGUCAAGCUCUAAAAUAAGCUUUAAACCAUGGUAGUUCACACGUUGAUUUUAUGAAUGCAACAGCACUUUCACUUACUACUUUGUGUUGUUAGAAUCAUGAAUAAGCAUUGUAUUGUAAUUGAUUUAGGACUUUAUUCAAAAAGAUCAGCUUUAGUCGACAUCCUCAUAGCAGUUGUUUUGGCGGUGUCGGAGGUGGAACUGCGUUAGAGCUGUCAAAUCGACAAGAGGCUCCUGGCAUUAUACCUAAAACAGACAUUGCCGUUUAAGAGAAACGUUCGAACACUGGAAUGUGAGAUGUAAUUUACACCUCGAUUAGGCUGAUCCUCAUCAUUUUGUUUUAAAUUUGAGCGUCAUUAUAUCUAUAUAGCCUACACUUUCUCGUUCUAAACUUGGGUGUGGCUUCGUGACAAUGAUCAAGAGCAGCUGCUCACCGAUUUGACAGCUCCAAUGCAGUUACACCUCAGAGACCGCCAAAACAUUAGCUAUGCGGGUGUUGGCUAUCGCCAGUUAACGCUUGAUCUGAUUGAAUCUAGGCCUAAGACUCUUUCCCCUCUCCCUCCUAUCAUUACUAUAGUUUUCCUUUUGGGUUGGGGAAGGGGGGUCAUGGAUGGGGUAAAGGCAGGGGUUUGGCACGGGGAGGUUCGAGGGUCUCUUCUGCAGACACUGCCGUCAGAGGGGAAUAGGCGUGUAUCACGAAUCCUGCUCUCUGAUUUGCUAUGAUGCUCUCAUGGGGAAGGGGAUGGGCAAGGGGUAUCACUGGGGUAGGGGGGGUCACUGUACUUCACAGUACCAGUCAUCUGUUGGGCUUGAUGGAGUUAGCUACCUUUACAACAUUAGGCUGGUCACAUGGUACAGUUUAACAUUAUUGUUAGCCACUUGAGCUGAUAGUGCAGCCACUGUUCUCCUGCACUCACAGAGCAGUCACAUGCCGUGGUCAAGAUGUCUGGGGUGCGGUCACGCUGUCCAGAAUCUUUCUGUGAGACGGACAUGUAGAGUUCUGAUACUGCACAUUGUACAGUAGUGAAGGGGUACACAGAUGUUUUUUUACGCCAAGAAACAUUGUAUGAAAUUCUGAAAAGGAAGUAUUGUUAUUGGUGUGCUCCUUUUUAAAAAUAGUUUGCUACACUUAAAAGCAUUUGAUCAAAAGACCCAGACAAUGAUUUGAAUGUGAGAGAUGUGAUGGACACACUUGAAGGAUCCUGAAUGAGGGGACAGCUAGGGCUAACGAGAGCGGUCAAAGGUCAAACCCUGAUGUCAUGAUACUUACUGCUGUCAUCAUAACCUGAGUUCCACACCCAGGUAUACCUUCAGACAUCAUCCAGGAAGUCCUUCAUAUUUCAGUGGGACUUAUUAUAGCAAUCUAGAUUUUUGUGAGUUCUGCUAAAAGCACAGACUGCUUUCUCGACCAUCCAAAUCAUACAAUGUGUCAUUGUAUAAACAUCAGCAUUCCUGUGUGAUAAGUUGCACUACUGGGAAUCUGUUAUACACUGCCCUGAUUCAUUGUAGACUCUGGAUCCACUGCUGGGAAUAUCUAUACGCACUGCCCUAUAUCCUAUUGUCUUAUUAUCUCUUUACUUAUCACAGUUAAACUCAUCAUGACUCGGGUCAACCAACACUGGAGGAGAAUUUUUAGAUAUGUUUAAAUUAGCCAAUCAAGGAAUCAUGAGGUCUAAGAAGUCUCUGAUUGGCUGCUGUGCUGAAGGAGGCCCGGCCUGAAAGCGGGUUCCCCCCUGAAUUUUCUUUGUGUAAAUUGGUGAUUUUGCAUUUAAUUGGAGUACUACUCCACAAAGGAGAGAAAUUAUCCAUCACUCCUCUGAUAAGUCUUCCUUUGGGGAAAAUGACACCAGCACUAGGACUAGUUGUGCUGGAGAGUUGGGUCAUUGAUAUGAGGUCAGGUCCAUGGCAUACAGGCAAUGAAUGGUAUGGGGGCAAAAAGAGCCCUGACUAAAUGUGUACCGGUGUGUUUGGAUAUCUCAUCAAGGAGGUAGGCCCUUUGUCGAUCUCAACCUGACCAUGUAGGGUAAAACUGAAGGGUGCGAUUAAUGCCAUAUUUACGGUAAAUGGUCUUUCUAUGUGUUUGCUAAUGUUUGCACCUUUAUUGAAACACCUUCAUAUGCAUAAUAUAAUAGAAAAACAUUGCAAAUAAACAGCAGGAUGAAAAAUAUAACUGAACAAUAAAAAAGAAUGAUACCAAA